UUGGCUUCCAUUCCGCGUCGAGUGCGACGAGUGAUGAACGAGUCAGGGCCCGAGUCAAGUGAGCGAACUCGGGUGAGUCAGUCGAGGAGACCAGGUGGGUUUCGUACGCGUUUCGAUUUUCCAUUGACGUAAUUCGAUACGAUUUCUCCAUAGCUUCAAGAUCUCAUCUGGCAAUGGCAUCUACCAGAGGAACCAAGGAAAUGGCUUUCAGGCAAAGAAGAACGCAAGCUCCGAAACCCAUUUCAUGUAGCUCUUCAUUUAGUUAUGAAGAUAUUAGUCGCGAUGUUUCUGAUUCCGAAAACGACGAUGAUGUUAGCUGCCUGGUUUGUGGGUCUGGUGAUUAUCCGGCGGAUCUUCUUCUUUGUGAUAAAUGUGAUAAAGGAUUUCAUUUGUUUUGCCUUAGACCCAUCCUUGCUUCUGUUCCUAAAGGGUCUUGGUUUUGUCCCACUUGCACAAACAAUAAGAAGCUCAAAUCAUUUCCACUAGUCCAAACCAAAAUUGUGGACUUUUUUAGAAUUCAGAGGUCUCAAGAGUCAACCCAAAAAGCAAUCCAAGAUAUUCGAAAGAAAAGAAAGCGUAGCGGGUUGGUGAUGGCAAAGAAGAAAAGAAAAUUGCUGGCAUUCACUCCAAGCCCGGAUCCCACAAGGAGACUGGAGCAAAUGGCAUCACUAGCAACUGCAUUAACAGCCACAGGCACUGAGUUCAGUAAUGAGCUCACUUAUAGACCAGGCAUGGCACCAAGGUCGGCUAAUCAGCCAGCUCUUGAGCGUGGAGGAAUGCAGAUUCUUUCAAAAGAAGAUAGUGAAACUUUAAACUUGUGCAAGACUAUGAUGGAGAGAGGAGAAUGGCCUCCUCUCAUGGUUGCUUUUGAUCCACAGGAGGGCUUUACUGUUGCUGCAGAUAGGUAUAUAAAAGAUUUGACUAUAAUCACAGAGUAUGUGGGAGAUGUUGAUUACUUGAAGAACCGCGAAGAUGACGAUGGAGACAGCAUGAUGACAUUACUUUCUGCUGCUAAUCCUUCAAAAAGCCUCGUUAUUUGUCCUGAUAAGCGCAGUAACAUUGCCCGCUUCAUCAAUGGCAUUAAUAAUCACACAUUAGAGGGGAAAAAGAAGCAGAACCUCAAGUGUGUGAGAUUUAAUGUCAAUGGCGAAUGCCGGGUUUUACUGAUUGCUAACAGAGAUAUAUCAAAGGGGGAGAGAUUGUAUUAUGAUUAUAAUGGUGAUGAGCAUGAAUACCCAACUGAGCACUUCGUCUAGCAAGGCUUUUUCUUUACCCUUUUCUAGUAAUUUAUUGUUUCUUUUUCUUUAUACACAAGAUUUAGUUGGGCUUAGAUUAUAGCACCAAACUGGCUAAUUGUACACAUGACUUUCUAGAGAAGAUAAAUGAAGUUUGUCUUAGAGAUGAAAAAGAAUGUACACAACUUAUGACUUUUUCCUUUGGUGAAAUGGUCAUACAUAUUGAAAUUUGUAACAUCAUCCCAUCUAUUGUAUAUUUUUGCAUUUGGAAUACUUGACAAAGUUAGCAAUGAGAAAGAGAGAAAUGAAGAAAGAUUUGUUG